CUCGGUUUCAGUUCAUCCAAUCAUUACCCAUCACCCAGCAAUCUAGCCAAGCCAUUUGAUUGCAUGGGUUAAAAAUUUUCUCAGAUUUUUUUUGUGUUCCGUUUUGUUUUCUUUCCCUGACGACUGAAGAUGGCGGUGUCAUUUGUCACUGGACUUCUGACGCUGAUAUUAGGAUACGCCUACCCGGCGUAUGACUGCUACAAGACGCUGGAACUGAACAAACCGCAGAUCGAUCAGUUGCGUUUCUGGUGUCAGUACUGGAUUCUCCUCGCGUUUCUGACGACUUUGGAGAGGAUCACCGAUUUCACGGUGUCAUGGCUGCCGAUAUACGGGGAGGCAAAGCUUGCGCUCGUGCUCUACCUGUGGUACCCAAAAACAAGAGGCGCGAAGCACGUCUACGAGAGCUACCUGCAGCCGCUGCUGGCGAGGCACGAGGCGGACAUUGACCGCGGCCUGCUGGAGCUGCGCGGCAGGGCCAAGGACGCCACCGCGUCGCACCUCCGGGCCGCCGCGUCAUUCGGGCGAGCCUGCUUCGCCGACGUCACCGGCCGCGUCUCGUCGCAGCUGCAGGCGGCGAGCAGCGGCGGCCGCCCCGGCCAGGUGGAGAAGCGACCGGAGAUUAAUCCGGAGGAGGAGGAAGAAGAAGAAGAUGAGGACGCGACGGUUAGCAAGACGAGAUGAUGAUGAUGACGAAUGACGACGGCGUCGUUGACAACGGCAGGAGUGGAUGAAUUGACCGUGGAGGGCGUCAACCUGAGCACUGAUGAAGACGAUCCGAUGAACGGGUGAUGGAUCGCCGUGCCCGUGCGGUUCGAUCGAAUAGUGCCUUCUUCUAAAGCUCACCAGCCGAUCCGACAUUGUGCAUUUUCUUCCUUUUUCUUUUCUUCUGGGCAUGUACCAUUAGAAAGUUCACAAUCUAAUCU